UUUUUUAAUCGCUUCUGCCUUUCUAUCAAAUUUUUUAGGCUUCCAUUGACUUGUUUUUAUAAGUCACUCUCUAUAUAAUUCCCACCCUUAAAUCUCCCCCUCCAAACAGAUCAGUUCAUACCAGUUUUCUGAGUUAACCCACCUCUCUCUCUCUCUCUCUCCCACAAGAAUUUUCUUCCCUUUUUAAGAAUAUGGGGAACUAUAUUUCAUGCACUCUUGCCACCCCUUUGAUCAAGAUCAAUAGGGCAGCGAGGGUAAUCUUUCCCAAUGGUGAAGUCCGACAGUGCCGCGAACCCGUCAAGGCUGCCGAGCUCAUGUUUGAGUGCCCAAACUUCUUCCUCGUCAACUCCCAAUCCCUUCACAUUGGCCGGAGAUUCUCCGCACUCAGCGCUGACGAGGAGUUAGAGCUUGGCAACGUUUACGUCACGUUUCCUAUGAGGAGAGUGAAUUCUAUAGUCACGGCAGCGGAUAUGGCGAUUGUUUUCAUGGCGGCCAACUCGGCAGCUAAGCGGAUAUCCGGUGGAAAAUUCAGGAUCUUGCCGGAGUCCGGUACCAGUAGUACUGGUAAGCUGCAAGAGGAGGAGGCCUCCUCGUAUGCGGCAGUGGAGGAAAGCGAGGUUCGAGGUUCAAGGCUAAUUAGUCUGGACGACGGAGUUGAGGGGCUUUCUGGGCUAGAGAUGAAGUAUAGGUUAUCUGUAUGCAGAUCAAGGAAGCCAGUAUUGGAGACGAUAAAGGAAGAGCAAAUUUGUUCAAGAUAAGAUUAUAAGGAUGUAUUAAUAUUUAGGUAAUUAAUUCGUAGGGUACGUACGUAUAUAUAUUGGAAUAUAUAUCUAAUUAAUUAAUGUUGAUGAUGAUCUAGUGAAUAUUCAUGAAUUAUUUGCUCUUAAUUAUUAUUUUUUGCCUGGAGCUAGCGGAGAUAAUA